AUGAGCAUGUUGAGGACUGCGUUUGCAACACUCAUGUUGGCGAUGGUUGCCAAAGCCGCACCGUCCGUCAGCAUCAGGAAUGAUAGUUUGUUGGUGAUGAAUUCCACUGAACAACCAGAUGUGACCAGUGUUCUGUCCAUUGCUGAGAAACCAUUGGAUGUUUCCGGGGAACUACUUCCACCAACCAUUCCCGAAGACGAAGACGAGGAAAUGGAAAAGUUGAAUGAUGAUAGCAUCAAGAGCAAUGACGAUGAAGACGACCAGGAAGACAAAGAAGAGGAGAAGCAGAUCAUGGAUAGAGUCCGUGCGGAAAUCGGCGGGGACGUGGAUGAAGACUCCCUCAGGACAGUGAUGCACUUUCUGGACGAGAUGGACGACCAAGAGGACGAGCUGAAGCAAAUGGACGAUGAUGACAAUGAAAAGAACGACGAUGAUGAGACGUUUCUGAAUGAGAUCCCGAAUCCGGAUCGGACCAGCAGAAUGAACCCCUCGUCGUCAUUGAUGGGCCACAGUCACGUGAUCGCCGUGGAACCCGGCCAGACGCCGACGAGGUUCGACAUUCUGCGGGCUGAGGUGCUGGCCCACGGGGCCCGGGCCCCGACACGGGUGUUGCAUCACAUGCCCAGGUCCAUGAAGCUCUUGGGGCAUGAUGUCCCCAGCAGGAACUGGCAUCCAAGUCGUGUUGAUGCCAAUGAUGAUGAUGAUAAUGGUGGUCAUCAUUGAUGAGAUGUGUAUGCAGUAUACUAUACAAGGGUUUGACGUUGCCCAUGUCAUCCAUAAUAAGGAACUCAAAAUCUGUCAGCUCUGUCAUUUUCGCGAUUUCAUUAAUAAAGCUGAUAUAUCCAUACAAGUACUGUAUAAUGCUGUGUUGUGCGUACAGUGAGGCCCCCAAAUGUGGAAACCUCAACAUGUGGACAGUUUGACAUGGGGAUACUUAUUUUCCCAUAACAAAAUAAUAGAAAAGGCCUGACAUGAGGACACUGAAUUGACAGAGGAACAUUUUGGGAUACAAUUUCAAAUAUGUUUCAGGCCAAAUUACAAGAAACAUUCAUUUCUAACCCUAGACUUGAUGCAAGAAAAGUUCUUGGGCAUUUCUCUC